UGUGUGCGAGCGCGAGCGCGCCCCUGCUGCACCCAGCAGUUUCGCAGCCAGCCUGGAGAGACGGAGACAGACAGGGAGGGAGGGAGACGGCGCACCAGGAGAGAGGAGCUGCUGCCGUCGCCGCUGAUUGCGAAGCGUGCGCGCCCCCCCUUCCUUCCAGCGCUCGCUUUUCCUCCCCACGCCUGACAGCCCCCUGUUUCAAAGGGGAAAAAAGGGAAGGGGGAAAAAGAGCAAUAAACCCGAAAGGCAAGAAGUAGGAGGGUGGGGGGCGCGGGAAACAAUGGAGGUGCCUCGCCUGGAUCACCAUAUGAGCAGCCCGAGCAGCCCCUGCGAGGAUGUCAUCAAGAACCUCAGCUUGGAGGCGAUCCAGCUCUGCGAUAGGGACGGGAACAAAUCGCAAGACAGUGGAAUCGCAGAGAUGGAGGAGCUUCCUGUUCCACACAACAUCAAAAUCAGCAACAUCACCUGUGAUUCCUUCAAGAUUUCGUGGGACAUGGAUUCCAAGUCCAAGGAACGCAUCACUCACUACUUCAUCGAUCUAAAUAAAGAGAACAAGAAUUCCAACAAAUUUAAGCAUUUUGUUGUACCCACGAAACUAGUGGCAAAGGCUGUUCCCCUGCCCAUGACGGUCCUGAGGAUACAGUAUGUUGCUGUGCAGACUGCAUCAAAGCAAGUUGAUGGUGAUUACAUGGUUUCAGAAUGGAGCGAAAUCAGAAUUUGUACAGGAGAUUAUUCAAAGGUCCACUUAACACAGCUUUUGGAAAAGGCGGAAGUGAUUGCAGGGCGCAUGCUUAAAUUUUCUGUGUUUUAUCGGAACCAGCACAAGGAAUACUUUGACUACAUCAGAGAGCAGCACGGGAGUGCUCUGCAGCCUUCGGUCAAGGAUAACAGCGGGAGCCACGGCUCUCCCAUUAGCGGGAAGCUGGAGGGCAUCUUCUUCAGCUGCAACACCGAAUUCAACACCGGGAAGCCCCCGCAGGAUUCGCCCUACGGAAGAUACAGGUUUGAGAUCGCGGCGGAAAAACUUUUCAACCCAAAUACUAACUUGUACUUUGGGGACUUCUACUGCAUGUACACGGCCUACCACUAUGUCAUCCUCGUCCUGGCACCCGCCGGGUCGCCGGGAGACGAGUUCUGUAAGCAGCGCCUCCCACAGCUGAACUUGCAGGAUAACAAAUUCCUGACCUGCACCGAAGAAGGCGGGGCGAUGAUCUACCACCACGCGCAGGAUGUAAUCUUGGAAGUGAUUUACACUGACCCUGUGGAUCUCUCCCUCGGCACCGUUGCGGAAAUCACAGGCCACCAGCUAAUGAGCUCGUCGACGGCCAACGCUAAGAAAGACCCCAGCUGCAAGACGUGUAACAUCAGUGUUGGACGUUAAUUCGGUGGUUCCCCCCUUCCCACUCUUCCUUAGGAGCCUUCUCUGUGGCCUAUUCCCCAUUGCCAUCCGUUCUCAUCAGACGCAUGCAUAAUGCCGCUCUUACCAAGAGCAAACACCAGUGCUCAAAUUCCUCAAUAGUCUUCUUCAAGCAGAGCUUAACAAUGCAGCUGGCACAGAGCAGCCCCCCACCACCACCACCAUGGCACCCUGUGUCCAGAUUUCCCCCUUCCCCACUGUUAUUUAGGGCAGGCACACUCACCCCAUGUUGUGUUGUCCUCAUGUCUCUGUAGCCUCCUGUCCACAUUCAAAAAUCGUUGGCUAUCGGUGGUGGGCAGCACUUAACAUGGUGGCAAAUUGCAACGCAGGUAAGUGUGCCCAAACGUCGUCGGGGAGAGGGACCAUCCAACUUGGGCAUGAUGUCAUUGGCGGCAGCACUGUACCCAGUGAAGCAUGUAGUUCUGCCCUUAGUAUAUUCCUUACCUUCUUGGUCCACCAGUGCUUUUCAACUGUUAGGAAUCUUGGUUUUUUCUUUCUAGCAACCAUUUAUAUAUCUAGAUGCUGCAAUUGGUGUUCCAUUUUCUUAUUAUUUUUCUCUCCUCCUCCUUCAUAUUGCCAAAUGUAACAAAUCUAUAAAACAAGCUUUAGCGAAAUAAAAAAAAAAAACUACUGGCUUCUAAAUGGUGUUUUAAAUAUGUAUUCAUUUUAAUCUACUGAACAACUUAACUGAGAUAUCUCUCCAAACAGCAUGAAAGGGUGUAAUUGCAGCAUGAUUUAACUCUUGCAGCCUAGGAAAAAAAAUGUCAGCACUUCCAAUGUGUUGUUUGACAGUGUUAUUUAUGUUAUUUAUAUUAGCUAACAAGCAGGGAAAAAACCCACCUGUGUUUCAACAUAAUAAAUAGAAAAAUAUUUUAUUUGUACUGUUGUAUAAAAUAUUAUACAAUCAUAUAGAAUAUAUAGAUACAUUUUAAUAGCAACUGUAUACAUAUGUCAUGAAACCAUUUUUCCCUUAUCAAAGAUGUAGUUUGUAAACUUCAAAUUCUUGUGUAUCUGUUCCUGUUGCUCUGACAUGACUUUUAAUUAAAACAGAUUUAUGAAGGAGA